ACCAGUUUCGCAUUGGAAGAAGUGGGUUUGGCUCGGGCGACUGCUUAGCGUUUGAUUGAACGAUUUGGAGCCGCACGUCAGCGCGACAGCCGGCGCCGUGCAACAAGUUGUCGCGCUUGCUUUCUGCACUUUGUGUAGUGUUUAGCCGCCCGGCCACUUUCUCUAAGAAAGCGAGGCGUCGCCGCUCCGUUAGGUGAUAAAACUGCCCGUGACAUGACCUGAGCGCGAUAAAAAGGUCCUCGUAUCGACGUUGGCCGCGCCGAUUGCGCUCUCGUCCGAGAAGCGAGUGUUUGUGUGCAUUUUGCACACGCCGGUUGAACCGCAGCUGCUUCGCCGUUGGCCUUGUGGCGAGUCGAGUAAGCCAACGUCACGGUUUGAAGGUGUGUUUUCGACGUGACGGGCCUCGCCACUGCCUGAGAUGCCGACGUCUAAGGUCGCCAAGCAUCAGCUCCACUGUCCGAGCCUGGAAGACGUCGCCAAAGUUUUGAACGAUGGACUUCAGAGCACGUUCGAGCAUGUCGAAGUUUCUGUCGUCGAUUGCCCGGACCUGAAGGAAAAGCCGUUCAUGCUUGCUUCCGAAGGUAUAUGUGGCAAGCCCUGCCUAGCAGAUGUCGGUGGUGUCCCUUACUUAGUUCCUAUUGCGCAAAAAGACAAGAUCUACAAUUUAGAGCACGUUGUGAAGCAGACAAAUGUUUCCGACCCACUUGUCAUCGGUGCUGGCGCUGGUCCGUUCAACGUGGUUGGUGUAAACAGUGAGAUGAUGCAUAACAUGAAGUAUGGCGAUAAACCUUUCAACAACAGUCACUAUGCAAAGAUUAACGAGGAUGGUUCCUAUGAGCUUGGUCGAUUCACAACUUCCUGCUGUGAGUUUGGCCUUAUGGCUAAUCUGAUGAUCUCUGAAGGAAAGCCUGGAAAGGUAAUCUGUGUGAGUGCCAAAAAGCGCACAGGUGCAGACAACUUUGUGACUGCCAUGCGGAAAGCACUUGCGGCUCAUUACGGCUCCAAUCCCGUGGGACUCGGCGGCGCCUUCGUGCUUGCCAAAGGCAAGGCCAAGCUCCAUGUCAUGCCAAAGUUUUCCACAGCGCCACUGCUGACGAAUGAGGCAAUGAACAGCUGGCUCAAGUUUUUUGAGAUGGAGGCACCCCUGGUAUGCCUGAGUGUGUUUGUCUCCCAUGACCCGGGUUGGGACCUUCGCAUAGAGCACACCCAUUGCUUCAGUGACCACAAGCAAGGUGGGCACUAUCAUUACGACACCACACCUGAAGAGGUUGAAUACUUGGGCUACUUUAAUGUCGCAGAGUCUAUGUUUCGGAUCGAUGCACCUGUGUCAACGCACCAAAUAGGCAGGGACUGAUGUGUUUUUCAUUUGAAGUGAUUUCCCGCUCGUUAGAGCUUUGUUUAAAGAGUAUUAUGGGAGGCCAUUUGAGAAUGAAAAUGCUAAGGUAUUGUCUCUAAUCUGUUAAGUUGAACAUCAGGAUAAUGAAUAUCUAUAAUGAAUGACUAAAUGUAAUGAACUACUAAAUUAAAGAUGCCUUGCCACUAUAGCAAUGUAACACUUAUAAUGAAUGUUCAAUACAAGAAAGUUAUUUUCGUGUCAGAUGUAGCCCAAUAUUUGUGUCCAUACAGGAGACUAGAAGUGAUGAACAUUUGAAAAAAGUGCAUGGAAACUCACCUGUGUAGAAGUUCGACCCAUCCUAACUUGAGCUUAGUAAAUGCUAUCGGUAUAAUGUGUGCCUAUAGUCAUUACACUAAUCAGUGUCGAAGUAAUCUUAAAAAGUGUCUAUUGAAAUGUAGCAUAAGUCAUGAAAUUUCUCGUAGCCAGUGACAAUUGGAGAGUGCAAGUAAAGUGUACGCUACGAAUUGUGCAUCUACUAUAUUGCUCCGGGCAUCCAGAAAAUAGUUUUCACACAAUCUGUACAGGCAUUCUCACUUGCUUGAAGACAUCCGACUGUGCAAUAUCGCGUGUAUGCUAAGCGCUCACAUAGAGAGAAUCGGUAGGUGUAGGGACGUAGAAAAACAGCCUGAUACCAAAAUUCUGCGGAUACGAAACCAGGAACAUGGAAAAUGUUUUUUUUUUUUAAAUUUAAUGGUGGCUUCAUAAAGUUCUGUAUAGGCCACUGGGCGUGCCUUAGCCUACCACUGCCUUGGUGAAAUAGUUUAGCUACUGUGAGCAGCUACUGCGACAGAUGGAGAAUUGAUGCUGCUGUUGGGUGCCUACCAGUCAAAUAAUAGCUACAAGCACGUUUCCUGCUUGGUGCUGGGCAAAUGAAGUACAGUGGAACCUCGUUAAUACGUUUUCCAGGGGAGGGGGGAAAAAAACACCUAACAGUCGAGAAAACGCAAGAAUGAGAAAAGCUCUGAAAAUGAAUGAAAGCACAGGCGCUUGUUUGGUUAGAAACAAUUUAUUUCGGCAAGGUAAGCCUAAGACUUGAAAUAUUUGAGGAUAGUUGACUGCCGAUUCUUUUGCUCGCUGGUAAGCACCACACGUUCCUCAAUAAUCUGGAAGGCCGCAUUGCUUUCAGCAUCGCUUUGAUGUGUGACAUACCUGCAAAGGUAGUGCGGAGCUCGACUGAC